CAGGUAGUUCCAAGGAAGAAAAGAAACACAAGGAAAAGAAGCCGCACCGAGAGCCGGAAAUGGACCUCCCUGAGCACAAGGAGCCGAAGUACAGGGACCCUGAGCGAGACGCCAAGUACCGAGAAAGGAUGGCAGAGAGCGACACUCACGCCUCUAAGGAGAAUCCUCGCGGGGACAGGGACAGGGAGAGACUGAGGGAGAAGAGAGACACCAGAGAGCGGGACAAAGAGAGGUCCAAGGAGAAGUACCGAGAACAGGAGGCAGAGAAGUCUCACAGCCGAGCCAAGGACAGAGAGAAAGAGAAGGACAGGAGGGCGAGGAAGGAGGAGCUGCGGCAGACAGCUGCACACCACAGCCUCCUGGGCCGGGAGGCGCGCGAGCGCCCGCUCCUGGAGAGAGCCGAGAGGAAGGUCCGCUCAGUGAGUAAAGCAAGAAUUGAAGAGAAAGAGAGGCGAGAGGAAGACUAUGAAAGAGGAGAUGACGAUAGAGAACGAAGAUACCGAGAAAGAAAGUUGCAGUAUGGUGACAGCAAAGACAACCCUCUGCAGUACUGGCUCUACAAAGAAGAAGGUGAAAGAAGACACAAGAAGUCGAGAGAUCCGGACAGAGAAAAGAAACAUCGGGAGAAGAGCAGCACGAGGGACAAAAGGGACAGACAUUCAAAGGAAAAGAGUAACUCCUACCCCGAGAAGGAGGAAGAAAGACACAAAGAAAGAAGACACAAAGACAGCUCUCAUGUGGAGGACGAGAGGCACCGGGGUCACGCAGAGAAGAAAGAGAGGUCCUUGAAGGACGAGCACAGGAGGAGGGACCCCAAGAAUGGCGAACACAAGAAUCGAGGUACAAGUUCGAGGAGAGAUGGAACUGGCAGCCACCAUGCAGAGAAUGUAGUCAGGAAUAAUGGAAAAGAUAAAGAAUCAAGAAAGAAGCAUAGCCACGAGGAAGCCUCUGCGUGGAAGCUGUCGCACAGGCGAGAAAGUGCAGCAGCUCUGGAAGUUGAAAAGGAAGACAUUGAUUUAGAACAUCCUGAAGCUGAGGAGUAUACACCCAGUUUUGAAGGUGAUUUUGAAGAUUACGAAGAUGACUUUGAAGUUUGUGAUGGAGAUGAUGACAGUAACAAUGAGGCAGAACCAAAAGACAAUAUGGAAGAACUUCCUCCAGCCCAGAAAAAGGAAAUCCAAGAGAUUCAAAAAGCCAUCCAUGCAGAAAAUGAAAGGAUUGGAGAAUUAUCUUUGAAGCUGUCUCAGAAGCAAGGGCAGAUGGAUUCUAACAGGGAGUCCCGGGCAGGGAAUACUUCUCCUUCCAAAGCCCCUGUUUGUGGAAUUUUUGUGGAUUUUGCGACAGCCUCACACCGUCAGAAAAGUAGGACUCAGGCCCUGAAGCAAAAAACACGGAGUACAAAGCUGCUUCGGCUUAUUGACUUAGAUUUUUCCUUCACUUUCUCUCUCUUGGAUCUACCACCAGUAAAUGAAUAUGACAUGUAUAUCAGAAACUUUGGGAAAAAAAAUACCAAGCAGGCGUAUGUUCAGUAUAAUGAAGAUAAUAUUGACAGAGAUAUUCAAACUGAAGAAAUAGAGACCAAGGAUGUAUGGACCCAGCAUCCAGGAGAGAGCGCUGUUGUGUCUGGAGGUAGUGAAAAAAGAGGUGCUGCUGAUGCUACAGUCAUACCAAAGAUCGACACUCCGAGGCUCUCCCACUUCCUCCGCUCAGCGUGCCAGGUGAUUGCUAUUUUGCUGGAAGAGGAUCAUCUGGCAGCUACGCCUAGCCAGAAUCUCAGGGCGCAGGAGCACACCCUGCAUUUCAGUGACAGCUCCUCUCAGCUGAAUACUCACCUGUCAUUCCUUCAGUAUCGAAAAGUAUCCUGCCUGCUUGCCUCUCGAGUUCAGAGGCAGACCGUAGUCUCUGUCCAUGAUUUACCUGACAAGGCAGUCGUGCAGCCACUGGAUGGAAGAUACCUCCUCUGCGUGUGGGAUAUUUGGCAACCUUCAGGGCCCCAGAAGGUUCUGAUAUGUGAGUCCAAGGUCACGUGCUGCUGCUUCAGCCCCGUGAAGGCGUUCUUGCUCUUUGCCGGCACGGCGCACGGUUCCGUUGUGGUAUGGGAUUUAAGAGAAGACUGUAGGAUCCAUCAUUACGUGAAGCUGAGUGACUGCUUUUGGACAUUCAGGACACCAACAUUCUCCACGGAUGGAAUCCUCACGUCAGUCAGUCACCAGAGUCCUGUUCAAGCGGUGGAGCCCAUCUCCGUGUCUGCCUGCAAGAAAGUGAGCUCCGUGCUCUCGCCCUUCUCGACUCAGGAAGAAAUGCUAGGUUUGUCCUUCCACAUCGCGUCCUUGGAUGAGAGUGGGGUGCUCAAUGUGUGGGUUGUGGUUGAGUUACCAAAGGCAGACAUCGCAGGUUCAAUAAGCGACUUAGGUCUGCUCCCCGGAGGGAGGAUAAAGCUGGUGCACAGUGCCGCCAUCCAGCUGGGCGCCAGUCUUUCCCAUAGAGGCAGUGACUUCUGGGGAACCACACAAACUUUGAAUAUUAAAUUCUUGCCUUCUGAUCCAAAUCACUUUAUUGUUGGCACAGACUUGGGUCUUGUAAGCCAUGGAACAAGACAAGAUUUGAAAGUAUCCCCCAAGUUGUUCAAAUCUCAGCAAAAUGGAAUAAGACCAGUAAAAGUUAAUGUGAUUGAUUUCUCACCAUUUGGAGAACCAAUAUUCCUGGCUGGCUGCUCCGAUGGCAGCAUCAGGCUCCACCAGCUGACCUCCGAGCACCCCUUGGCACAGUGGGACGGCAGCACCGACGGCCGUGCUGUCACCAGCCUGCAUUGGUCCCCAACCAGGCCGGCUGUGUUCCUGGUCCAGGAUGAAGCAUCCAGGGUUUACAUCUGGGACCUCCUCGAGAGUGAUCUGGGUCCCGUGGCCAGGCAGUCCAUCUCCCCUGACAGGCUCGUGGCCAUGACCAUCAUGGGGGAGCCAGAGAAGGGCAGCAGCAGCUUCUUGGCCCUGGUGCUGGCCAGGGCCUCCGGCACCAUUGAUAUUCAGUACCUGAAGAGGCAGUGGACAAGCCCAGAGGAGGACGAGCCGGCCAGGCUGCGUCUGCUGCUGCAGGAAACCCUGUGGAAACGGGGAACGUUACGGACGUGACAGGCGUUCCACAGGCCGUGCUGAUGUAGUGACCUUAAUCUGAAGAGACGAAAUUAUAAGGUGGAUAAUCUUACAUCUGUGUGACCUUGUGUUUCUGUACAUAGAACAUGUAUAUUCUGUACAUAAUUUACUUUACAAGAAUAUUACUUUGAUAUUCCUGGUAAAUAAAUCACUAUUUUUGAACAGAAAUGAGUGAACAUCAUAGUAUACACUAAACUU